UGCAAGCACAACGACAACGUGACAACGACGAACGUUUUUACAGCUCACCCGCGAUAAGCUACGUAAAUUUGGAGUUGGUUCUGUUGUAUACUUUUACUUAUCCGUGGUGUAAUAGUCUGACGGAGCCGAGACUAGAAUGGUGAAGGCGCGAUCUAUUUGUUGACCGCGAGGUGUUGUUGUGGCAGCAUCGAGGCUUGGAGUGAGUGACUGUGAGUGGGUCUGUUCUUCACAGCACGUGCACGCUUCAGCGCCAUGCAGAGCGUCCUCACUGGGGCACGUAGGUGAUGCGGUUUUAUUUGCGGUGAUCGGGGUGUGGAUGCGCUACUCUGGGAGCGGGCUGGGCUGCAUGAUUGGCCGGGAUGGAGGCCGCUGCAUCUGCAGGUGCAUCGGCGGAGGACGCUGACACUGACAUGGAGCCAGAGGCCUGUCCGUCGCUGGCGUCCGUCGUCGCCGCGAGCAGCGUCCCUCCUACGCGCUGCUCAGGCACAGAUCACGGACCCCCCAACAACAACACGAGCCACUUGAGCAACGUGAACAUUCCCCCGCAGGAGCGCUACGCCGUCGGCGAUCACUGCUACUUCGAGACGUCCGCCUCGGGACCCUACCAGGUCCGCCGUCUGGAGGAGCUCGUCAGGGACGACAACCGGAUCGACGUGAAGGUGUUCGUGUACAGCCGCAAGUGCGACCUGCCCGUUGCGGCGCAGCGCCACCUCUGCGGCUACGUGGACGGCGAAGAGGAGCUGGACGAGCCGGCCGGCAGCGGCGUCGACGGGCCGGUGAGCCUCCGACUGCGCCGGCAGCGCCUGUCCGAGUACUCCCCGCGGGAGUUGAGCGAGCACCGCGUGGCCAGCCGCGAGCUCUUCCUCACGCACGACGCCGGCGGGCCCAUCGUGGAGACCCUCCCCACGGCCCUCAUCCGCGGCAAAUGCCGCGUCCUGCACCACUCCCCCGGCCUCUCCAAGACGGAGUACACACAGCGCGACGACACCUUCUUCUGCGAGCGCGUCUGGUUCCUGCCGGACGGCGACCGGCCCGGGCAGUUGCUGGUCGACCGCGAGAAGCGCAUCCACUUCGACAGCAAGGCCACCUUCCAGGCCGUCAUCCCGCCCUGCCGGCCGCAUCCCCCGCCGGACACGGCGCCCGACCACGCCACGCUGCUGUGGACGCCGGGGCGGUUGCCGGAGGACACGGUGGAGACCUUCGUCGCGGUGACGGUGGCCGUGGGGUUGAUGGCGCGCGUCAAGAGCGAUCACGGCGUCAACGAGCUGCCGCACGUGACGGCGCAGCUGGCCGGGCGCGACUGCAUGCACACGCUGGCCGCCGACAUCCUCCACCAGAACGGGUACGACCUGAAGAAGGCGGUGGCGGCGUUGGUGGGCAACGGACGGCGGUUGGUCAGUCGGCGCUCGCUGCUGGAGACGUUCGACGAGAGCGACAUGCAGUUCUUCCAGCUGGGCCUGGAACGCACCGGCCGCAGCCUCAAAAUGAUCCACCAAGACUGGCUGCCCUGGCGGAAGUACGCCGACAUCGUGGGCUUCUACUACCUGUACAAGGGGACGGAUCUGUACAAGGAGUACCGCAUGAUGAAGGCGACCGCCGGCAGAAGAAGCACAUCACCUCCGUCCACGUGCCGCAUCUGCAGUCCAAAUCCUGUCUGCUCAAGAACGUCUCCGAGGCGCAGUUGUGCUACGGCUGCUUGGGGCCGUCAAAACAGUGGUACGCAUGGGUGGGGCUGUCCAUCAACCGGCGCCAAGUGCGCCCCCUCUGCUCCUCCUGCUGGCGCCACUGGAAGCGCUACGCCUGCCUGCAGCGGCCCUGGAAACGGCCCCCGCACGCCGCCGCCCCCCCGGAGCGGCCGACGCCGCACUCGCCCGUCAAGUCGCACUCCAAGCAGCACCUCCUGGCCCACCGCAGCACGCUGGACGUCCUGUCGCCGCCGGGCUCGCAGGCGGCCGACCCCUUGGAAGAGGAGGACCUGCUGGAGGAGCAGGAGUUCCUGUUCGCGUCGGGCCGCGAGUGGGUCGUGAUGCGGCGCGUGGCCAGCGAGGCGCUGUACGAGCCGCGCCGCGUGGCGCUCUACCCGCAGAUGGCCGUGCAGGACGUGCACGCCGUCGAGGCCUGGUACCGCGCCUGUCCCGGAAUGCUCGUCGACUACUACCAGCGCCGGCAGCGG